AUGGCUCAAACAUGGCAGCCAAAUCGGCCAGAGGAUGAAGUGAAAAAGGAAGUCAUAGACUUCUUAAGCUGGGGGAGACGUUACCACCAGUUCAUGACAGAACUCUCAACGGCAGCAGUGGCGCGACUCCGCCCUGACAAUCGGACUGACUAUGAAAAAAACGUUCCAUUAUGUGGAAACCGACGUAAAGAGUACAUCGAGAAACUCAAGGCACUCAAAAUCACAGAAAAGGACGAUAUUGAUCCAGUUGCUGAGAAGGUGGAUGUCAAUGCUCUGGAUCCUGAUGAUGUUUUGACUCGGUCUGCUCUUAUCGAUGUUGAUUUCAACGUAUUGGAUCCCGAUGCUGUGAUGGCUCAGUCCCCUCUUAUCGACGUGGAUUUCAAUAUUCUGGAUCCCGAUGCUGUGAUGGCUCAGUCCCCUCUUAUCGACGUGGAUUUCAAUAUUCUGGAUCCCGAUGCUGUGAUGGCUCAGUCCCCUCUUAUCGACGUGGAUUUCAAUAUUCUGGAUCCCGAUGCUGUGAUGGCUCAGUCCCCUCUUAUCGACGUGGAUUUCAAUAUUCUUGAUCCUGAUGCUCUGAUGCAGCCGUUGAGUGCAGAAUAUAACUCCCCGGAACCUGGUGCUGCACCAGAACUGAUCUUUAACCCCGCAUGUUAG